CAUUAGAAACGUCAGAAUGUCCGAGAACUGGGCGAAUUUCGGCGGUUUCAGCGGCGGCAACACCGCCAAACAGAGCACGUCUGUUGGUGGAACAGAUGAUUGGGCUGAUUUUGGCGGUUUUGAGGCUGCUACUCCUGCGCAGACUCCGCAACAGCAGCCGUCUCAGCAGCAGACGGCUCCUGCCAGCUCGUGGACUGCGUUUGCGCAGCAAGCCGCACAAUCUCCUAAAAGUGUUGCGCAGCAGCAGCAAGAGGAGAUGGUCAGACAGCAGCAACAGCAGCAAUUCCUACUGCAGCAACAACAGACACUGCAACAGACACAGAGACAGCUUCGACAGAGACAGCAGCAAGUGCAGAGACAAAGUAGUGGAAUGCAAAUGCAACCACCAGGUGCUAUUCCACCACCCGUAUCCCCUAGCAAGAGCAGGAGAGGACCACAUCUACAACAGAGUCCACAGCCUCAGGUUGCUGGUACGUCAGUAGCUUCUGGUGGGCAGAAUGUCACACUGAGGCAACCAGCACAACCGGCGGCUAAACAUGUAGGGAGACGUGAGACGUUUGUUGAGGAUCCUUUCAAAGAGCAAACUCCUCCUACUCCGGGCACGAUGGACACAAUGUCUCACGAAUCUGAUUUUUUUGCUGAAUUUGAAUCUGCUCCUGCUGCUCAGAGAUCUGGUGCAGCUUUGGAACAAUCGGGCAUAGAGAACUUUAGUGCAUUCACAGACCCAUUUGCUGACAGACAACAAACUGAAACGAUGACGACGUUACGGAGUGAUGGUUCUGGAGCUUUAGGAGUGCAGCCACAGCCCGUGCAGCAACAGCCCGUGCAGCAGACGGUACAGCAGAAUUUAGCAACUAUGCAACCACAUGCAGAUCUCAUGGCAUUGCCAUCACAACAGCAGCAAAAUGUGGUUGAUGCUAGUCAGCUGGAAGAAGCAAACAGCAAAGUGGAAACAUUACAGAAGAAGUUGACGUUGGCCGAGCAAGAAAAACUGAGAAUUGAGAAGGACCACGAAGUAUUAGUUCAAAAGCAUGAGGCAAUCAGCAGACAGUUGACCGAACAGGAGCAACAAGUCUCACAACAGAAACAGAAAUAUGAAGAGUUGCAGGUGAAGCAUGCAGAAGACCUAGAAAGUGUUCGCAAGGCAGGACAUGAAGCAUUGUGUAUAAUCGUUGAAGAGUAUAAGGAACUCUGUCGCACUGCAGUGCUGGAGGAAGGAGAGAAAUCUGAAUUGAGACUUCAAGAUGCUCUCAAGCAGGAGGCUACAAAAUGCGAAGAGCUCUUGCAACAGCAACAACAACGACUGAGUGACAUACUAAAACAAGAGCAAGAGGAGAGUGAACGCAAAACAAAGGAAGCAGUUGACAACUUGACAGAGGAAAGCAAGGCAAUGGUGCAGACUGCACUUGAAGGGGAGCAGGUUCGUAGCCAGGAAGCAAUAGAAAAGGCUGUGAAUUCUGAAGCUGAAAAGAGCGCAAAGUUGCUACAGGUGGCUGUGGAAGAGGAACAAGAGAGGUUCAAUAAGCUGCUGGAAGAGCAAAAGGAACAACAUAGUAAACAAAUAGUAGAAGAACAAGCUGCCUCUAGAGCCGCCAUUGAAAAAGCAUUGGAAGAAGAACGAACGGUGACAAAGGAUGCCAUACGGGAGGCUGUCGCUGUUGAACGAGAAAUAGGAGAAGCUGCAUUGUCUCGAGCUGUAGAAAGAGUUCAAGAGGAUGUUGCUCGCAGCUUGAAAGAGCAGCAACGGGUUGCAGAGAAUGUUCAACAGAGGCAACUUUCUGCUGUCGAUUUAUUUCUGGAGAGCAGUAGAAAGCUGCUGCAGAAUCUAAUGACACAGCAGACUUCUGCCGACUCGGCCAUUGCAUCACAUCGUGACCAGACUGAGCCAGCUGUCAUCUUGCAUUCAGAAUCAGCAUAAAUUAUGUAAAUAGCCACACCCUCGCUGAACGAGACGUUACUAACCAAGUAACUCUAGCUAUUGCAUCCUCGUGAAAUUUGUCAGAGCAUCUAGUUGCCUUCCAACUCACAGUUGAGUCUCUUCAGAGUGCAUUCACACAAACGCGCAUCUAACCCAAUUUCUCGCUGCUGUUUCUUCGGAAAUCGAAUUGGAAAUGUUAUAUCUGUUCGUUCGCUUCGUAUCUCUCGUAUCCGUCGGUCGGGAUUGCUAUUCUUCUCUAUUUCUUAUCCAUCCAGCAAAGCACAUUCGUUUGUAUAAAACCCGGCGGGGCGGGGCCGCCGUGUGCAAGCAAGUCAGUAGGUGGAGUUUUGAAGGCGGAUAUGCAUAUUUGUGCAAUUGCAAAUUCGGUUUGAUCGUCUUUACGUCACAUGUACCGUGCUUAUAGUUGUGUGGCAUCGUAUUGCUUGCCGGGAGUCUGUGAACAACGGGCCAGACGUGAGGCGUUGCAGUGCCAUUCAAAUGAUGGUAAGGGUAAACGGAAUCCUUCUAAUGCAAUUGGUCUUGGCGUUCGCUAUCUAAUCUCAUGAUUCCGUUUUGUCGUGCAUUUAUUGUCGUGCUUUGCUUCAUGACGGUCGUGCAGGCUCACGCACAGCUACCGCUCGGUGAUGGUGAUGAUGGUGGACAAGGAGGCAACGUUCAAGGUGGAAACAAUCUUGUAGCUCUACCGGCAGGUGACGGUGUCGAGUUGUCCGUGUAGCUUGUAAUCUAUACGGUCUGCUGUAUAGGCAGUCUGUCUCGUACUUUAGAUCUAAGCUGCGUGUAGUGUGUGUGUCUGGCUGUGUGUGGGACUGACUGUGUGUGUCUGGCUGUGUGUGGGACUGAGUGUGUGACUGUGUGUGUGUGUGUGUGUUUGUGUGUGUGUGACCGACUGUGUGUGUGUGUGGGUGUAAGACUACAUGUCUGGCUGUCUGUCGGUGUGUGGAUAUGCUUACAGACGCAAUGAAACGACUGUGUUGAAACACAAGUAUCUGUAGUUCUAGUUUGCUUGUGUGGCCUCUAUGCACGAAAGACUAUCAGUUGCAUUGUUUUGUGUGGGCUUCUGAGGAAUUAUGCAUGUAGACCUAACUAGACUGCAUGGAUAGACCAACACACAAUAUUUGGUCAGCUUUCAGUUGAUCACAAGAAAUUUUUUGUCUAUAACUUUGUCUGCUGGUGGUCAGAAAGUCACCAUGCAGGUAGUAGAUGUAGGAAGAAGGAAAUGACACGGAUAAAUACUUAGCUAGUGCAGUCUCAACAUACCAAUUGCAUGUCUGGGGAUUCCCUCGAAUUCUCCAAAAACUCAUUACUAUUGUAAUCUGUGCUUAGUCACUAAUUACUCUACUGAUGCAUGAAGUUCUUGCUAUUGAUCAUAUGUUUGUGUUUUUUUUUUUUGACUACAUGGUACAUACUCAGAUCCUGCUCAGUGGACUGCACAACAUGUCCAGCUGUUUCUUACUUGGUUUAAAGAUUACACCUCGCUGAACUCUCUCGAUCCAGCCGUAUUCCAUGGCAUUGAUGGACCGAGUCUAAUGAACAUGUCCUGUGACCAGUUUAUGGCUCUUUGUGAGGAUGGCGACAUAAUCCAUUCGUUUCUUCAAAGUCAAUACUAGAAGCAGCGUCUACACAAACCUGCUCAUCAAAAACGUUACUACUGCUAUGCAGUCAACAGUACACACCUUGUGGUCGUGAAUAUCUAAGUUGUAUGCAGAUACCUGCAGCCAAAAAAAUUUGUUGACUUUUAGAUGUGGGAGGAAUGACCCGAACAACAUUUUGACAUUUACUAGUAGAGUAAGACAAGUCACUGUGUUAGGACACUACAGAACAAUGAUGAUGAUUUCUAAUCAUGCAGAGUAUAAGUCAAUCAAUUUUCAAAGGAUUGAUUAUGUAGUGCAA